GCUGCUGGAUCGGCCUGCAGUUUCCCGCACGGAGUCUGACUGCGCCGCGAUCUGGCCCCUGCAUCGGAGAGCGGAGAUCCGUGUUUCCCCGGUAGAGCGAAGCCAAACUUUGAGAAAAAUGUCCGCGGAAGAGGCGGACAAACCGAUUCCGACUGAUGUGAGCGCUGGAGACGAGGAGGAGGAAUGGCUGUACGGAGAUGAAAAUGAGAAUAAGGAUGAGGAAGAGGAGGAGGAAGCCAAGCUGUCUGCCGCAGUCAGCGCACCCCCACUGCCGCCCGUGAGGGAGGAAGCCACAGGAAAUGGCGUCGCCAAGCAGGACACAGCGGAGGAGAACGAGGGCAGCGACAGCGACAGCGAUGAUGAUGAUGAAGAUGAUGUGCAGGUUACUAUCGGGGACAUAAAGACAGGAGCCCCUCAGUAUGCGGCCUACGGAGCAACGCCUGUCAAUCUGAAUAUUAAGACAGCCGGCAGAGCAUAUGGAUCAGUUGGCACCAAGCUGAAGGGAGUGGACCUGGACGCCCCCGGGAGCAUUAACGGGGUUCCAGUGCUGGAGGUGGACCUGGACUCCUUCGAGGAGAAGCCAUGGAGGAAGCCAGGUGCCGACCUCUCGGAUUACUUUAAUUACGGCUUUAACGAGGAGACGUGGAAGGCUUACUGUGAGAAGCAGAAGCGUCUGCGCAUGGGUCUGGAGGUGCUCACCGUCGCCUCGGUAACCAGCAAAAUCACGGUGCAGCAGGGUCGCACUGGGAAUAGUGAGAAGGACGUGAGUUUAGCCUCCCAUCAGUCCAAACCUGACUUCACCUCUCCUGGCAGCCUCUACAAAUCAGCUCUGCCUUCCUCCAGGAUUUCUCCACCUCAGUGGGCAGGAGGUGCAGCUGCGCAGGAUGUGUCCUAUUAUACGAAGGUCACUGGCUCCAUAGAUGUUAUUGGAGGACAGACGGCAACCAUCAGCCGUGUGGAGGGACGAAGGCGACACAACAUUGAGGGAAACAACAUCCAGGUGAUAUCGGAGCACUCUUCCUCAGACGCUGAGUCUACACCUUCCAAGAUGCCCCCUUUCUUUCCACCAGGGCCCCUCCCCCCAAACAUUCCCCCACCCCCGUUCCUGCCCCCACCCCCCAACGUCAGCUCUGCCCCUCCACUCAUACCCCCUCCAAGAAUACCCAUCACUGUUCCUCCACCUGGUUUCCCCCCUCCUCCCGGCGCCCCCCCUCCCUCUCUCAUCCCCACAUUGGACAGUGGACAUCCAGCAGGGUAUGAUGGCCGUGCUGUCCCGCCGUACCCCUUCCCCACAGGUGGGUACCCUCCUCCCAUGACGGGCACAGUGUCGUCCUGGCCCAGUUUGAUGGACAGUUCCAAGCAGUGGGACUAUUACCCCCGGCGGGAGAAGGAGCGGGAGCGGGAGAAGGAGCGGGAGCGUCCGCGAGAACGCGCCCACGAGAGGGAGCGCGAGCGAGACCACAGCCCCGCUUCGCUGGCAUACAACAGUGAUGAGGAGCGGUACCGCUACAGGGAGUACGCAGAGAGAGGAUACGAGCGCCAUCGCGACCGCGCCAGCCGGGAGAAGGAGGAGCGACACCGCGAGAGAAGACACCGUGACAAAGAGGAAGGCCGGCACAAGUCCUCCCGCAGCAGCAGCAGGAGGAGGCAUGACAGUGAGGAGGGCGACGCCCACCGACGCCACAAACACAAGAAGAGCAAGAGGAGCAAGGAGGGCAAGGAGGCCAGCGACGAGCACGCAGCCAAUCAGGAGAGCGCAGAGGGCGGGGCCAUGGAAUGAGCCAGUCCCCAAACUUUCUCUUCACUUUUUCACACUGCUCUCAAUGUCAGAUGUCCAGAAUAAUUUUUUCUGAAGCACCAACUGAAGAUGUUAAUUUGUUGAAUUAAAAAAAAGCUUUUGAUAAAGGUU